AUGCGGUGGUAUUUCGCAGGGCUGUUGCCAUUAGUCUGCCAUGUCGUCAUCGUCAACACCAGCCCACUUGGUCUUGGUAUCGCUCACGGUGGCAAGGAAGCGAACCUCACCAAUACCCUCGCUCGUAGGGUUCGAGUUGGGGGAGAUGGUGGCCCUACCACUAAACCAGAGAAAAUAACAGACCUAUUUGAGCUCCAUGACGGACAGGGAGGUUAUCUUGCCAAAGAGUCGACCUUCAAUGAGUGGUAA